AUGGCACCUGCUGAUUAUGACGAGGAGGUGUUUGAUAACCCAGAAUUGUAUGGAUUGAGAAGGUCAACUAGAGAACGUGCAAAACCAUUGAGUUUUGUGGAGAGUGAUGAAUCUGAUGAAGAAAUCAAACCAAAGAGAAAGAAGAAACAAGUGGAGUAUAGUGAUGAUAAUCAAAGUCAAGAAGAAGACGAAGGGGAAGAAGAAUUUGAAGAUCCUGAUGAUGAUGAUGAAGAAUUUGGUGCUCCAAAGAAAUCAAAAUCAAAAAUUAUUAAAAAACGUAAAUCAAAUAAGAAACAAAAGAUUCAAUCACAACCUGAAGAAGUUAGAUUUAGUUCAAGAAAUAGUCGUGUAAUAAAUUAUCAAGUUGACCAAGAAAAUGAUGAUGAUUUAUUAGAAAGUGGCGAUGAAGAAGAUGAAGAUGGUUAUUAUUAUUAUGAUAAUCAUACUGAAACUACUCCAACCCCGGAAAAAGGUGUUGAUCUUGUUGUGGAUCAUCAAUUAAUUGAUCCUGAUAAUAAUCCAAAUGAUCCAAGAGAUUUGGCCCAGGGGAAGAAAGAUUAUAAAUUCUUGAUCAAAUGGACUGAAACUUCUCAUAUUCAUAAUACUUGGGAACAAUAUUCAAAUUUAAUUGGUAUGAAAGGUAUUAAGAAAGUUGAUAAUUAUAUUAAACAAUUCAUAAUAUUAGAUUAUCAAAUAAGACACGACGCGUUAACAACAAGAGAAGAUAUUGAAGCUAUGGAUAUUGAAAAAGAUAGAAGACUAGAUGAAAUUGCUGAAUAUAAAAAUGUUGAACGUGUUAUUGAUUCUGAAAGAUCUGAAAAUGAUGAAGGUGAAGAAGUUUUAAAAUAUUUCGUUAAAUGGAGAAGAUUAAAUUAUGAUGAAGCUACAUGGGAAUUAGCUGAUACUAUAGUUCAAAUUGGUCCAAAUGAAGUUAAACAAUUUCAACAACGUUUAAAUUCCAAAAUUUUACCUUCACUGUCUUCAAGUUAUGGUUCUCAACGUCCAAGAUUUGAAAAAUUAGUUGUUCAACCAAAAUUCAUCAAGAAUGGUGAAUUAAGAGAUUUCCAAUUGACAGGUUUAAAUUGGAUGGCUUUCCUUUGGUCAAGAAAUGAAAAUGGUAUAUUAGCUGAUGAAAUGGGGUUAGGUAAAACUGUUCAAACUGUUAGUUUUUUAAGUUGGCUUAUCUAUGCUAGAAGACAAAAUGGUCCUCAUAUUGUUGUUGUACCAUUAUCAACUAUACCUGCAUGGCAAGAAACUUUUGAAAAAUGGUCACCAGAUUUAAAUUGUGUCUAUUAUUUAGGUAAUACUGAAGCAAGAAAAACAAUUAGAGAUUAUGAAUUUUAUAAUAAUAAAAAAAUCAAAUUCAAUGUCUUGUUAACAACUUAUGAAUAUAUUUUAAAAGAUGCAAGUGAAUUAGGAUCCAUAAAAUGGCAAUUCUUGGCUGUUGAUGAAGCUCAUAGAUUGAAAAAUGCAGAAAGUUCACUUUAUGAAUCUUUAAAUUCUUUUAAAGUCAGUAAUAGAUUAUUAAUUACUGGUACACCAUUACAAAAUAAUAUUAAAGAAUUAGCUGCAUUAGUUAAUUUCUUAAUGCCUGGUAAAUUUGAAAUUGAUGAAGAAAUUGAUUUUGAACAUUCAAAUGAUGAUCAAGAAAAUUAUAUUAGAGAUUUACAAAAUAAAGUGAAACCAUUUAUACUUAGACGUUUGAAAAAAGAUGUUGAAAAAUCAUUACCUUCCAAAACUGAACGUAUUUUACGUGUUGAAUUAUCUGAUUUACAAACUCAAUAUUAUAAAAAUAUUUUAACCAAGAAUUAUGCUGCAUUAAAUCAAGGUUCAAAAGGUGCUCAUGUCUCAUUAUUAAAUGUUAUGAGUGAAUUGAAAAAAGCUUCAAAUCAUCCUUAUUUAUUUGAUGCAGCUGAAGAUCAAGUUUUAGCAAAAUUUGGUUCUUCAUUAAAUGGUGUUCAUUCAAGAGAAGAUAUAUUAAGGGGGAUGAUUAUGUCAUCUGGUAAAAUGGUUUUAUUAGAUCAAUUAUUAACAAGAUUGAAAAAAGAUGGUCAUAGAGUUUUAAUCUUUUCACAAAUGGUUAGAAUUUUGGAUAUUUUGGGUGAUUAUUUAUCAAUUAAAGGUAUUAAUUUCCAAAGAUUAGACGGUACUGUUCCAUCAGCACAACGUCGUAUUUCAAUUGAUCAUUUUAAUGAACCAGAUUCAACAGAUUUUGUGUUUUUAUUAUCAACAAGAGCUGGUGGGUUAGGUAUUAACUUAAUGACUGCUGAUACUGUUAUUAUUUUCGAUUCUGAUUGGAAUCCUCAAGCUGAUUUACAAGCAAUGGCAAGAGCUCAUAGAAUUGGUCAAAAAAAUCAUGUUAUGGUUUAUAGAUUUGUUUCUAAGGAUACAGUGGAAGAAGAAGUUUUGGAAAGAGCAAGAAAGAAAAUGAUUCUUGAAUAUGCAAUCAUUUCUUUAGGUGUUACUGAUGGUACUGGAAAAUCCAAGAAAAAUGAACCAUCAACUGGUGAAUUAAGUGAAAUCUUAAAAUUUGGUGCUGGUAAUAUGUUUAAAGCUAGUGAUAACCAAAAGAAAUUAGAAGACUUGAAUUUAGAUGAUGUCUUGAAUCAUGCAGAAGAUCAUGUUACUACUCCAGAAAUGGGUGAAUCAAAUCUUGGUGGUGAAGAAUUCUUAAAACAAUUUGAAGUUACUGAUUAUAAAGCUGAUGUUGAUUGGGAUGAUAUUAUUCCUGCUGAAGAAUUGGCUAAACUGAAAGAAGAUGAAAAGAAACGUUUAGAAGAGCAAUAUAUUCAAGAACAAAUGCAACAAUUCUCAAGAAGACAAGCAGUUAUGAAAAAUAUGCAAAGAGCUAAUACUUAUGAAGAAGAUGAUGAUGACGAUGAAACUACAAAGAAAGUUAAUAGAAAGAAAAAAGCUGAUUAUAAUAAAAUUACUGAAAAGGAAAUUAGAGCAAUUUAUAGAUCAGUUUUAAAAUUAGGUGAUCUUUCAAGUAAAUGGGAAGAUUUAAUUAAUGAAGGUACAUUACCAGAAAAUAAAAACCCAGAUCUUUUCCAAAAAUGUCAUGAUGAAAUUAUGGAAAUUUCAAAAGAUCUUGUUAAAAAGGAAGAAGAACGUCGUUCAAAAGUUUUAGCUGAUUUAGAAAAAGCUGCAAAUGAACAUAAAGAAAAACGUGAAAAGGGUGAAAUUGUUGGUAAUGAAGGUAAAAAUAAUCCACAAGUAUUAUGGAUGAUGAAACGUAAAGAACGUAAGGCAAUUUUGUUUGAAUAUCAAGGUGUUAAACAAUUGAACGCUGAAUUAUUACUUUCAAGACCACAAGAUUUAAAAUUAGUUCAUGAUGCAAUUGCUACAUUUGAUGAUCCAUUAAAUUUCAAAUUCCAUGGUAAUGUUAAACCAGUUUAUGGUUGGACUUCUGAUUGGACCCAACAUGAUGACGAAAUGCUUAUUGUUGGUGUUGAUAGAUAUGGUUAUGGUUCAUGGAUUCAAAUUAGAGAUGACCCAUUUUUAAAAUUAAGUUCUAAAAUGUUUUUAAAUGAAAGUAGUAAUGUUCCUGGACCAAAAAAGAGUACUAGUAAGAAAAAUGAAGAUAAAGUUAAAGAAGAAGGUGAUGAUGAAAAAGAAGAUGGUGAAAAGAAAUCUGAAGAAGGUAAUGAUACUACAUCAUCUGAAGUGAAAUCUGAAAAUAAAGAUGAAAGUGUUACAUCUACAAAAGAUGAUGAAAGUAAACCAUCUUCAAAAGAUUCCAAGGAUUCAAAGGAUUCCAAAGAUUCAAAGGAUUCUAAAGAUUCUAAGAAAGUACCAGGUUCAGUUCAUUUGGGUAGAAGAGUUGAUUAUUUGAUUUCAGUCUUGAAAGGUGGCGAUGAUGAUAACAAUACAGGUAAUAAUACACCAACACCUGGAACACCAAUUGAACCAAAGAAAAGGCAAAGAAAACCAAGAGCUGAAGGCGCUGCUAAACCAGGUCCAAAACCGGGAUUGAAGCCAGGUCCAAAACCAAAAGGACCAGCUGCUACUAGAGCCAAAACUCCAGAUGUUAAAAGUGCAGUUCCUGGUGCCAAACGUGGUAGAAAACCAGAAUCUGGUAAUUCAACUCCAAGAUCUGAAUCUGAAAAGAAACCAAAGAAACCUACAGGUCCAGCUAAAACAUUAGAUGAAGGUUAUGAAAGUAUGGAUGAACAACUUUGUAAAGAUACUUUAAGUCCAAUGCGUCAUUCAUUGAAACGAUUAAGUAAAGGCUCAACAGGUUUAGACCGUAAAGAAUGGGCAAAAAUCUUGAAAACAGAAUUGAUAAACGUUGGUGAUUUUAUUAAUAAAACAGUUUCAAAACAUGCGAAGGAUGAACAAGAUAGAUUUAAAAAACAUCUUUGGUUUUAUACUUCACAUUAUUGGCCUUCAAAAGCUGUGAAGAGUACACAAAUCAAAUCCAUGUAUCAAAAAUUGAAAGAAAACACCAACGAAGCCAAAUGA